AUGGGCUUAGCUGUACUGCCCCCAGAACCUGAAGAGGAGGACGUGCAAAUUGAUGCAUACGAUGAUGGCGACCAGGACAGCGAUGUCUCAGUGCAAGAAGAAGGCAGCCGACAGUCAAAACGUCGCCGACUGUCCUCUUCGUCUCGACAGAUAGCCCUGCCCGGAGAGGUCAUUACGGAUGAUACGCAGUGGAUGAGGGGACACGGCACCUUCAUGCCCGAGCAAUCAACCACCAUGAUCGCGACUCUUGCGGGCCCGCUGAAAAAGACAAACAAAUUACUCUCAGUUGCGCCUCUUCGCGCAAGAUAUACACCCGAAAUUGGCGAUCUCGUUGUCGGCCGUAUAGUGGAAGUCCAGAAGAACCAAUGGAAAGUGGACGUCGCGGCGCCCUUGUUGGCGCAAUUACCCUUGUCGUCCAUAAAUCUCCCAGGAGGUGUCCUGAGACGACGCACAACUGCCGAUGAACUGCAAAUGCGGAACUACUUCCAAGAAGGGGAUUUACUUGUUGCGGAAGUUCAACAGCUGAGGAGUAGUGACGGGACGGCGAAUCUACAUACCCGAAGUCUGAAAUACGGCAAGCUUCGAAACGGAAUGUUCCUCGCCGUCACUGGUACCGGCGGCGGCGGAGGCGUGGUCCGCAGCCGCAGACAGGUCUUUACUAUCAACAGUGGUGCUCAGAGCGGUGGAGACAUCAACGUCAUCCUCGGAGUGAAUGGAUACAUCUGGCUGAGCAAGCACAUGGAACAAGUCGAAGAUCAGGGCAGGAUGAGCGGCGGCGUCAGCAUAUCGAAUCUCGACGACGUUGUCAGCAGUGCCAUCUACUCGAGCCAAAAUGACGAUAUCGGAGAAGGCACCAGACGAGAAAUCGCGCGCAUCUCCGAGUGUAUCAAGAUCCUGGCCGAGGAUGGAGUGAGAGUCGACGAGGACAACGUCGUCAAGGCUUAUGAAGCUGCCGUUGAUGCCGAAAUGGACGUCAUGACGGACCAGGAAGUCGUCGCCACCAGUUUCAGCGACGAAGUCAGGAAGAGGAUCCUUGAUGCAGCUCUUCACUGA